AUGGUGGGAAGGCUCCACUCUUGUGAGCCUCCUCUCUGUGGCACGCUGGCUGCGACCCGUCUAUCUGAUCCCAGAGACACGGAAGUAGAGAGAGGGAGGACUGGAACUGGACCCCUUGCUAUAGGUAAGAAUCCCACCUUCUUACCUGCCCCGAAGGAAAUCGCCAUCUGGAUAAUGUACGGAUCUGGACAAAUGUUACUGCAGUCUGGGCUUUCAAGAGCGACCGGGACCGUGAACGUUCAUCCGCUCGUCUUCUCCAAGGUUUGUCACGUUGAUGGCAAAAAAGGGUCUUUGUACCGGUACCUCUACCGUCUUAAGGACAAUGCAAACGGCAAAUGGCACUUCCUUCGUCUAGAUGAUAAGGGGCGGUUUGUCCUCUUGCCUCUUGUCGUUUUCUUCUAUCCCGCGUUCAGCCGGUGUUGCCGGUCUCAUGAAUAUCCAUCCAUCUCUUUCUGCACCGAUUUCCGCACCUUUUAUCCAACCUUUGCAGAUGUUGACAGCAGACACUCGGAUGACAGUUGCAACAGCGACAUACAUAAUCGGGCCGCUGAUGCCCUCCGCUGUGGUGACAUGUACAUUGUGUUAAUGGGCAUCGUCAUGUCAGCCAGCGAUCAUACACUACAUGGCUCUCCCUUUACUGCGUCUUCUGUGCAAUUGACCAUUGACUGGCUCGAGCUCUUCUCAUCCGGCUGUAUAACACUUCCCUGA